CCCGUGGGAGGAGCCAGCGCAGAUAGGGCCAGGCGGGAGACCCGCAGAGAAGCCGGUUGGCAGCUACAGCCACGUUCUGCCAGGGCGGCUCCUCGGGCAGAAAGAGCAGCCGGGACCCCAACGCUACGGCCCAGAGUAGCAGCCGGGGGCCAUGCUUUGAUCCUCCCGCCCAACCUCUCCCCUCCCCCCAUUUUGUCCUUUUUUCGGGAGGGGUGAGGGCGCGGGGGGCUGCCUUUUGCUUCCUCCUUUGUUGUAGCUGAAGGCGGGUUGGGGGGUUGUGGGAAUUGGGUACGCGGACAGGAUCAUCCACGUGGCAGAAUGCAGGCUGCGAUGGGGGAUCUGGAAGGGCCUGCCCUGGGGAGCCACCACCAAGAAGGCUCUAUCUCUGGACUUCCUCCUCCCUGGCCAUGGGGGCAAAGUAGGCCCUUCGGGUUCUGGCUUCCAAGCCGGCAGAGGCUUCCAAACAGUCUUCUCCGCCCUGGGGCACUCAGAUAUUUUGUAGUCCAAAAAGAAGUGGAGGGUAGCCGGUUGCCAAAAGCUGCUUUGGAGGCAAUAGAAACUGCUGUUUUGGAAACGAACCAGCAGCCAGUGAAGCUGUUUCAAGCACUGGCAUCUGGGAACAAAGUGAGCCGGCAAUCUGUGCUGUGUGGGAGCCAGAACAUUGUGCUGAAUGGCAAGACAAUCGUCAUGAACGACUGCAUCAUCCGAGGGGACUUGGCCAAUGUGAGGGUCGGGCGCCACUGUGUUGUCAAAAGCCGAAGUGUCAUCCGCCCACCUUUCAAGAAGUUCAGCAAGGGAGUUGCUUUCUUCCCUCUGCACAUCGGAGACCAUGUCUUCAUCGAGGAGGAUUGUGUUGUCAACGCAGCUCAGAUUGGCUCCUACGUCCACAUAGGCAAGAACUGUGUCAUUGGUCGCCGGUGUGUCCUAAAAGACUGUUGUAAGAUCCUAGACAACACAGUGUUGCCUCCAGAAACGGUGGUCCCACCUUUUACAGUCUUCUCAGGCUGCCCAGGGCUCUUCUCCGGAGAACUUCCGGAGUGUACACAGGAGCUGAUGAUGGACGUCACCAAGAGCUACUACCAGAAGUUCUUGCCCCUCACCCAGGUCUAGCCCGCUCCGUCCCUCCCAUGCCUCUCUGCCGUGGGAAGACGCUUUGGCCCCAGCUUGUAGGAGUCCUGCAAGUGACUGGUUCCAGAUGGACUCUCCAGAAAGCCUCCUUGUAACAAUGCCUCCCCGUUCUGCGUCUCACCCCCGUCCCCCCCAUUACUUUCCUUCCCCCCACACUGUUGUUGCCCAUGAUCCAGACUGUCCUGUUCCAUGAUGGAGGCUUUUCCUAUUGACCUCCGAAGCCCUGGGCAUUGACCAGCCCUGACCUAUCCUGCCGUAAAUGCCCUCAUUUAGCAGAGGCUCACAUGUUAUUUAUUCAACCCCAACUCCAGGGCUUACUGGCGCGUGAAAAAGGCCUGUGAUUGAGGGUGUAUCCAUGUGCUGCUCCUCCUGUCAUUUCUCCUCUUCCCGCCCAGCACAUCCCUAACGAGGGGCCGCUGGCCACUCAGGUGGAGUCCCUGCAGGUCUAUCCCCAGAGGCCCCUUGGCACCCUCCCCUCUAAGCAGGCAUGUCCUGAGUCCUUCCUGCCUCCCUGGAGAGCAGAGCUGCACUCUCACCCCGAGCAGGAUGAGAAGAUGACAGUCUGGGCUGCAAAACAGGCCAUUCCUCGUGCAGCUGUUGUGAAGGCCCUGGCAGAUAUGGAGGGGGGCUGCGGCCCAGACCUUGAUCUUUCCUUUUGCCAGGCAAAGAGGGUGAGAGAUGUGACUCAACAGUGGUGGCACUGAGGGAGGUGACCUGGCGCUUGGCAGCAGGAACCCACCCUUGGCGGGAGCAGAGCUCAUACUCCAGUCCUCAGCCAGCGGCUGCUUUGAGCCCUUUUCUCCUGCAGGUGGCGGCUUUGUGAAGAGUGAUCCAGAACAGAACAUGGUGGCUUCAUCGGCUGUUCUGUGGGGACGGUUUCCAGCACAGGGUUCUCAGUGGGUCAUCCUGUGUGGUGUGGAAGGAAGGGUUUAGGGUAGGGACUCUGUGGCCCUCCAGAUGUUGCUGAACUCCAGCUCCCAUCUUCCUUGACCAUUGGUCAUGCUGGCUGAUGAGAGCUGGAGUCGCAACAUCUCUAUGCUGAGUUCAGGGGGUCAUUUGCAAAAGGAGGUUGCAAACAGCUGGGGCGCAUGAAGGACCCAGCACCCAUCUGCCGGGUGAGCCAGAGCCACCUCUCACCUUUUGCCCUCACCAGAUCAAGCCACCUGUCAGCUGGUUUGGUGGUGAUCCACAUCUCUUGUUCUCACCCAACUGCUUUCUGUAUGUCAAGACUCCAGCCCAGGAUACUGACAGGCCGGUGUGCACGCGUUUCCAUUUGUUCCACAGCACAUACAACUCUGCCACACAUCAACCAGCUAUGGACUAUCCAAACACAGAAGCAGGUAGCAACCGCUGUUAACCAUACCGUCAUUAUCUGGCUUGUUUGUAUUUUGCUGUACACAAAUUAAAAUCCUCUUAAGUGGG